AUGGCGGAAAAGGUGGCUACUCGAGAUGUUGAGAAUGCUGUAGACUACUCUGGGUCUAACACUGUCGACCCGGAGCGCGAGGCGGCCGAGAAGGCUUUGGUUUGGAAGCAGGAUCGUAGGAUCGUGCCUCUAUGUGCGGCAAUUUAUCUCUUGUGUUAUUUGGAUCGGUCUAAUAUUGGCAAUGCCAAGAUCCUCAAUCAAAAUACACACAAUGAUCUCCUAUCCGAGACGAAUAUGACUUCUUUUCAGUAUACGAUUGCACUGAUGGUAUUUUUGAUCGCGUACGCAUUGUUCGAAGUCCCAUCAAACUACUUCCUGAAGAAGCUCCGGCCAAGUCGAUGGAUUUCCUUCCUCAUGCUCUCCUGGGGCGCAACGACAAUGGGUCUCGGUGGCGUGCACAACUACGCCCAGGUCACAGGGCUCCGCUUCUUGCUCGGCGUCAUGGAGGCAGGGCUCUUCCCCGGCUUCGUCUACUAUCUGACAUUCUGGUACCGGAACUCGGAGAGAUCUAUGCGGGUAGCCUUGAUUCUGGCUUCAGCAACUCUGGCCGGUGCUUUCGGCGGCGCGAUUGCAUAUGGAGUAGGCCACAUGAAUGGUGCACACGGGCUUUCUGCUUGGCGAUGGCUCUUCAUCAUCGAGGGUGCGCCAUCCUGUGCCUCGGCAGUUCUGGUCUGGUUCUUCUUGCCAGACUAUCCGGAGACGGCGAACUGGUUGUCCGCUGAAGAGAAGGAAUUAGCGGCAGAUCGGCUGAGAUUGGAAGGUUCAAAGGGCUCCGCGAGUGCUAUGACUUGGGCGGAUGCGAAAGCAGUGCUGGUGGACUGGAGGUUGUAUGCUCACUAUGCUGUAUACUUUGGAAUCUCGACGCCAUUCUCGAGCCUUUCCCUCUUCACACCAGCUAUCACAGCUGGCCUUGGAUAUUCGAACUUGCGUGCUCAGCUCAUGACCGUCCCGCCUUAUGCCGUUGCAUAUGUCGUGACAGUUACGGUAGCCUGGUCAGCAGACCAUUUCAACAGUCGUGGUCUUCACUCAGCCAUCUUCUCAUUCAUUGGAGCAAUGGGUUUCUUAGCCUCUGCUGUUCUUCCCCCCGAUGCAUAUCUACACCGCUACGGCUGUCUGAUCGUUGCAGCCAGCGGUGCCUUCGCCUGUAUCCCACCCCUUCUGGGCUGGCUCUCAUCGAACCUCCGCUCCACAGCCGGCGCAGGUCUCGCCAUCGCGCUUAACGUUUCUUUCGGUGCACCUGGCCAGAUUGUCGGCGUUUGGAUCUACAAGAGUAAUGAGGCCAAGAAGGGAUAUCCGACUGGCCACUGGACAAAUGCAGCACUAUUGCUGUUCGUUGCGGCUGGCUGUGUACUGCUGAGGUUGUAUUAUGGGUGGAGAAACAGUCGGGGUUUUGGUGAUGGAACAGGAAAGAAGUUUGCAUAUUAG